UGAAAGGACAUGAGCCGAAACACACAUCGAUACAUGAAAUACGAAUCUAUGGACUAAUAAAUGGAUCAGUCGCGAAGCCUGGAGUCUUUAAUGACAUUUUGCGCUUGAACAUUUAGGAAGAGAUGAGGCCGUAAUUAUUGGCAACACCCGACUGAUAUUUAUACCGAAAGCGUCCAAUGGAAACGGCUGGUUUAAUUAAUCUUUUCUGAGCGAUUCCUGAUGUUGUUCACAGUGUUGGUCUCACAGGGCUGGACGUUCACCGCAUGAAGGAGCUCUUUUAGGACAGAUUACAUAAUUUGAGCUGUGUGGAAUUAUAAGACAUUUCAUAAGACAUCAUCUGUGUUGCUUUUAACUCCUCAAAAUGACUGUCAAACUGGACUUUGAAGAGUGUCUCAAAGACUCCCCGCGAUUCAGGUCAGAAAUCGAGAAGGUGGAGGUCAAUGUUGGUGAACUGGAGACAAGACUCGAGAAGUUGGUGAAGCAGUGUCACACUAUGCUGGAAACAGGCCGUGCCUAUUGCCAGAACAGUAAGAGCUUUGUAAAUGGCCUGAAGGAGCUGGGACAUCACUGUUCUGAGGACCGAUCUAUGGGGGACUGUUUAGAAAAGUUUUCUAAAAAGCUGUCAGCCAUUGUUAGUGCUCAAGAGGAGUUGAUCGAAACCACGCAGAAGGAUGUGAAGUUGAAGCUACAGAAUUUUGUUAAAGAUGAUGUGAAGCGAUUUAAGGAUGUGCGUAAGGAGUUUGAGCGUAGCAGUGAGAACUUGGAGGCGGCUCUUAGCAGGAACGCUCAGGCACCACGCGGAAAACAGCAUGAGGUGGAGGAGGCCAGCAAUAACCUGCUGAUCGCACGCAGAGCCUUCAGAUCAGGAGCCCUGGACUAUGUGUUGCAGAUUAAUGUCAUUGAGUCUAGGAAGAAAACAGAAAUUCUUCAGGCGAUGCUUUCUCUAAUACAGGCCCAGGCUCUUUUCUUCCAGCAGAGCCAUCAGUCACUCGCAGAACUGGAAAACUAUCGCAAGGAGCUACAUGAUGAGAAUGCUCAACUAGUCCUGAAUUCUGCAAGAGACAAAAGGGACAUGGAGCAGAGACAUGGUGCUGUCAAGAAGAAGGAUGUUUCGUAUGAUGACUCCAUUAUGGACUUCAGCCCAGAUGCUCCCAAUGGCAUUGCAAUGGAAGGUUACCUGUACAAGAGAGCCAGCAAUGCUUUCAAAACAUGGAGCAGGCGCUGGUUCUCCAUUCAGAAGAACCAGUUGGUUUACCAAAAGAAACACAAUGAGCAGAUCACUGUAGUUGUGGAGGACUUGCGUUUGUGCACAGUGAAGCCCUGCAGUGAACAAGACAGACGCUUUUGCUUUGAGGUCGUUUCUCCCUCCAAGAGCUGUUUAUUACAGGCUGAUUCAGAGCGACAGCAGCAGAGCUGGAUCAGCGCGGUCCAGAACAGCAUCGCCUCAGCAUUCCAGGAGAGAAGAGAUGAUAAUCAUAGCUCUAGAGAUCGCUGUAGCUCAGUGUCUGUUGGGAGUGUGCGUUUGAGUGGAGGAGAGCCGGAGGCAUGUGUUCGAGAGGCUCUGGAGGAGGUGCAGGCCAUUUCAGGCAACAGCCAGUGCUGCGACUGCGGGGAGCCUGGACCUGACUGGGCAUCCAUCAAUCUGGGCAUCACACUGUGCAUUACCUGCUCGGGCAUUCACAGGAGUUUAGGUGUCCACUUCUCGAAGGUACGAUCCCUUACACUGGACUCAUGGGAGCCAGAGCUCGUCAAACUCAUGUGUGAAUUAGGAAACACAGCAAUUAACAAGAUCUAUGAGGCGCGUAUUGAAGAGAUCACAAUCAAGAAGCCUCACCCCUCUAGUCCCAGGCAAGAUAAGGAGUCGUGGAUUCGCUCUAAAUAUGUAGAGAAAAAAUUCAUCCACAAGCUCCCAGAGACUGGUCGAGGGCAGAUUCUGCGGCGCUCCAGUGCCCGACGAAACCGAUCCACCACAGAGGACAAACCCUGCACACGUCCUGCCCUUAAACCCAAACCCGGCAGGGUCACACUGCCACGACUCACCGGCCUGACUCCAAGUGACAUAAUGAAGAACAAUUCUGGCUCUCAUAAAGACAAUAAUGAAGAAGAGGAUCUGAGCGGUCUUCAUCCCGGGGCUCUGCUCUAUCGAUCGGCCUCCAUGCAGCAUUUCCCUCUGAUGGCAGAUGCUCUGGCGCACGGCGCUGAUGUCAACUGGGUCAACGUGGCUGAAGACAGCAAAACACCACUAAUACAAGCCGUUAUUGCUAAUUCUCUGGCAGCCUGUGAGUUCCUGUUACAGAACGGCGCUAAUGUUAACCAGGUGGACUCAAACGGGAGAGGACCACUACACCAUGCUACCAUACUGGGACAUACAGGGUUAGUGUGUCUGUUUCUCAAGAGAGGAGCGGACUACAACGCAAAAGACAUUGAAGAAAAGGACCCAAUCGGUAUAGCCAUUGAUAAUGCCAACGCUGACAUCGUCACGCUACUCCGGAUAGCCAAGAUGAACAAGGAGAUGCGGGAGAUGGACGGCACUCCAUCAGGUGAUGACACCUAUCACGAUAUCUUCAGGGAUUUCUCCCAAAUGGCCUCCAACAACCCGGAGAAGCUGAAGCGCCGUAGUGCCGAUAUGAAAUAAAGCGGCUGAGCAGCAGAUGUCAGUGUUUCAUCAAUACACACACACACACACACACACGUAGGCUCCAGCAGACCCAAUGAAGUUCCCACAUUCCACAGUAAACACCUCUUAUGAAACGCUGCUUCAUUCGGUUUAUCUGGCCUACUACAUGAGCGUGGGUCUAAAUAUCUGGGUUUUAGCAUAUUUAUCCCAGCUUAGGCUUAGUUUAGGUCAGUUAUUUUUUCAGGCACAGUCGUUAUUAGGCUACUUCGCUUUGACCUUCAUCAUUUGAGUAAGUUUACACAUCAGAAGCGAUGAAAGCAACAAGUGGAGCAAAGCUGAGAAAAAUGGUGGAGUAUGUUUUUAAUUUAAACAGCAUUGAAAUUAACCUUAUUCAAAUGAUUUGAUGCGCAUCUUUUCAUUCACCAUAUUGUGAGCCACAGUGUUAUUGCAACUUGAAUGUAAAUGUUCCUUUGGGUGAGAGAGCCCUGUCUGCUUGGGUCUCCAGUAUAAUUUUAUUUCAGUUUUUUUCUUUAUAUAAGACCAAAAUAUGUUUGAAAUUGGUUAAUUGGUGUAUUUUGUACGCCACAUUGUUAAUUGAAAUACCAUGAAAUGGUAUAAUAUGUAACUAAAUAAAUGAUUCAUAUAA